AAUACUGUCGAAUAAAACAUUUUACCGACCUGAAAAUUUAAGAGCCAUGUAGGCAAAACUUGAAACAGCUGAAACGAGAAAGCAACUACGUUUUGGACAUUUUUCUUUAAUAACCAACAAUGGACGACGUAUUUACUCUCAUUAUCUUGUCAUUUGCUAUGCUUGUAGGAUGUUACCUUUCCGGUUUGAUCCCAAUUGCGAUAACUUUUUCAGAGGAAAAGUUAAAGUUGAUCACAGUCUUUGGAGCAGGUCUCCUUGUUGGGACAGCCCUGGCUGUCAUCAUCCCUGAGGGAAUCCAUGCCAUGAGUGAAUCCAGUGCUGAAGCAACACACAUUCAUGAGGACGUACACAGUGACGUGCCUAACAAAGUGGACGGUGUACAUACAGGGGAAGACCACGCCCACAACCACACUCACAGUGUCUCCGACAACCACACCAUCAUAGGGGUGACGCUGGUGGCAGGCUUCAUCUUCAUGCUGCUUGUCGACCAGAUCGGGGGAGGACACAUGCACGCGUCAACAGAUGCUGAGGCUAAUGGAGCUGGGUCCACAAUUCAGCAGAACCGUCACAAGAUAACUGCCACACUGGGUCUGGUGGUACAUGCAGCAGCUGAUGGUGUUGCUAUGGGGGCAGCUAUAAUGAUGCAGAGGUCUCACCUGACACUGAUUGUAUUUAUAGCCAUCAUGUUACAUAAGGCUCCUGCUGCUUUUGGUUUGGUAACCUUCCUAUUGCAUGAUGGUUUUGACAAACCUAGGAUACGACGGCAUUUAUUAAUAUUUUCUGCAUCAGCUCCAAUUGCCUGUAUUCUUACCUAUGUAGGGUUGGCUCUCAGUCAGGAAAGUUUAGGAAAACUUCACAAUUUUCAAACCACAGGAAUUGCCAUGUUAUUUAGUGCUGGAACAUUUUUGUAUGUGGCAACAGUACACGUCCUACCAGAGGUGACCACCAGUCAUACGAAACAGGUCAACGCUGACAAAACGGUGGUCAUUCAUGAACAGAAGGGAUUCCGGCCGAUUGACCUAGUAGCCAUAGUGUCUGGAUCAGUGAUACCAGUCUUGUUAUCCUUUGGUCAUAAACAUUAAAACCUUAACUCCUAGACCUGAGAAUUUAACUGUGUGGUGCCAGUUUGAAACUUAAGGCUAAUAUUGUGUGGUUCCAGUUUAAUGUGGUUUUAAGGCUAAUAUUACAAGUGAUGUUAAACCAAUCUGAGUUCAAAUUAUUAUAAAAUGAGUGAUUUUAAAGCACAAUUUGAAUGAAAUUAAAAAUGAUUAUUGAUUUUAGUGCAGGUUUUUUGUUUAUUUAACUCUCUUUUUUAAGUUUAGAAAUUGAUUCAAACAUGAUUUGCCCAAAAAGGUUUUAAGAGGAAUUCAGUUAGGAUUUGGUAUGGGUUUAAUCGCAGAAAAGACAGGAUAACUAAAUAAUACUUUAUGUUUAUUGUAAUUUUAUGAUAAAGUUGGAGUAACUGGGCAGAGAAUUGGAACCGCACAACUGUUUUGCCUUGUAAAAUAUAACAGCUGUUCUGUGUAUAACAGAAGCAUGGCAAUACAGUGUGAGUGAGGUGUAAGAGGUGUACGUGUGUGAGGUGUGAUGUAAUUUUAUUGAUUCAGACGGUUAUUAUUUUUUUGUUAUGUAAAUAUAUAUUUUUUUGUUUUAAAAGAGAAAAAAGUCAUUGUUUUAGAUACAAUAGACACAUGAAUCUAUUUGAUAUGAAUUUAAAGGAAAUAACCAUUUUCAUCUGACAUAGAUAUGUUUAUCUUAUUUAUUUAUUCUAGGAUGUCAAACAUGUCAAUCAUCAGUGUUUGUAUUAAAGUGUCAUUUAACUUAGAUAUACAUUAACAGAGGUCUUUGGAAUAUUUGUUUCUAAAAACUCCUUACUAAAAGAUAAAAUGGAUUGUUUUGCAUGACGUUUUACCUGAAAUGGAGAAGACAUAUAUAUGUAGCAUGUUGUUGAUCUCCUAUAGGUGACUGAAGUGUGAAGUCAAAUUAAAUUUAUUCUUUUCUUUUUUGAACUUGAGGCUCUGACAAAAAUACUCAUUCUAAAUUAGUUCAGGAACAUUUACAAACAAUAACAGGAUCUGACAGUUGUUAUUUUUUGACCCUUUCUCUACUUGUAGCAUAAUCGUGCCUGUAGUGUUUCUGAUCUUGUUGAUAUUUUCAUCCUUUAUCUAUAUUGAUACUGUACAUACAGUUUUGUCUGAUAUUUCUUCACUGACUGUUCAAAUUCUCUAGGUGUGGGAUAAGAUUUAUCGGUACUUUUGUAUUUAGUUUGGUUUAAACAUAUUGCAGAGACAAACAGAUUGGACCUCAUGUUAAUUUCAAUGGGAAUAGUCUUUUUCAAUAAACAAGAUUUAAUCUUCUCAAAAUAUGAAAAUACCAUCUGGGGUAAUGGUAUUUAUUCUCUUAACAGUCUGCUACAACACUAACCCUUUAAUAUUUGAUCAUUGAAAGUAAGAAACAAUAUACAAAAUAGAUCUUUUUCCUGCAGGUACACAUCAUGAAUGUUAAUUGGGGCCAUUUGUGGGAGUUUGAACAUUGUGUUGUUAUUCCCCAGUGAUAUUGCAUAAAAAUGGAAGCAUAAUAAAUAUCGCAACCACUGACGUGGUCAAUAAGCAAUCAAAAGGUUUGAGGGAUCAAAUUUUGUAGCAGAGAUGUUUUUGUGAUAACGGAAAACUAUGGAAAAUAUUUUUCAUUCCUAUGUAAAACUUUUCUGUAGUAAAUUGGCAUUGAACUCCCAAGUCAGAAAAAAUACAAAAAAAGUGGAGUUCUUUUGUAUUGGAGAUACAAUACAGAGGCUCAGGGCACAUGUUAAAUACCUCAAAGGUGAUUCCAUCCCUUGAUCCUGUUUAAUAUGGAAAUAAAUUAAAGAAAUGCAAUAUGUAACCCCAUGAUGUCACUGAAAUAUGAUGAUUACCUAAUUAGACUUAUCUCCCCUUUCUUGUGAUCAUUACUAAAAUAGUCUAACCUCCCAUAAUAUUCAUCAUGACUGAAGCAGACUUUUCUCCCAAAAAUAAUGCUGUUGCUAAUAUUUCGGACAUAUUAUUCAGGAAAUCAAGUUCAAAUAUAACAGUCUGAGGUUGUUUUUCAUGUGACAUAAUUGUUAAUGAAUUAAUUUCUAAUUACAGGGCAUUUUUUCAAUAUAGAGUGCAUUCCAAACAUUUUCUGAUAUGGCUGUGAAGUCCUUGUCGAUUUAAAUUUUUGAUAUAUUCUCCUUUGUGUUUGUCUCCCACUGUACUGUGGCUGUUUGUUUACUGUUAUGGUGGUAAAGGGUACCUUUUCUUUUUAAUUUAAUAAUUUUUCUUGAUUGUCAUUUUGAAUAUUGUUGUAUCUGAUAUGAUACAGAUACAGCCGGAGAUCAGACUGCCUAAUGCUGGGUUUGCUGAGGGGAGGGUCUUCUGUAUAUACAGUAGAGGUUACCUGAGAAAAAGGUUCAUUGUAUAAAAUAAAUUUGUUAUUCUUCGUUUUUUCUUCAUUGAAUCCAAUGAUACAUAUA